CUUUGCGGUUCAGACCUCCAUCUCCAUGGGAGAGGCUCAGUCUGGCUAUACCUGGUUGCUCACCCAAGCGCAAGGCAUGAGUCGUCUUUAUCCAUAUAGAAUUAAAUCCUCACUUCCGGUUUACUCCAGUUCUCUAGGCUAAAACUGCAAUUUUCACGACAAGCUUGUACCAUCCUGAUUGCUCUUACAAUGGAUGCGGAGACCAUCCUGCGGGAGGUUCAACCCCUCGUGGGCGAAGUGGUUCCCAUUCGCUCCGUCCAGGAGACUCGCCCAGUUGAAGAAUACGCGGACGCCUACGUCGCUGAAGUCAAUGUCAAGACCGCGUCGAAAGUCAUCAAAGCCCUCGACUCCGCCUUCCCCCGCGACUCCUCCCAUCCACUGAACCACCUCCGCCGCUUCGCCAAGCACAACCAGAUCCCCGAGUCCCUCCGCCCCACCCUUCUCAAGGAAGGCUACCUCCCCUCGCAAACCAUCUUCGCCCUCAUUCCGUCGCCACUCCCAGCUCCCGAGGCCCUCCAGACCCUCCUGGCCCCCUUCGUACCGCCGCCCCGAGAGACCCCCCUCCCCCAACCCCCGACCGCCGAUCCCUCUCUGCCAUCCACCCCCGCACCACCACCCGCAGCCCCCGAAACCCCCACACCCUCCACCACCGCCCCUGCAACCAGCACCAUCACUCUCCACACGAUAACCGUCCCAAUGCAACCCCCCUUGACCCCCACACAAGCGGAGCACUGGUCCUCAAAGAUGUGGCCCGUAGUCUUCAACCCGGCCGCGCCGCGCGCGCUGAUCGCCCCACCGCCGCAGAUCCUCUCGCGGGUGCGCGACGCCAUCGCCCCGAAAGCCGGCCGCUACCUGGCGCUGGCGCAGGCUGUCGCCGCCGAGGCGGAGCGAAGCGGUCUCGGCCGCGGGGUGGGCGCCGUGGUCGUGGACCCGGAACUGGAACCCGUUCCUGAAAACUCGACAGAAGACGCCGAAGAAGGAAGCCGCUGGACCGACGCGAUCGUCGCCGUCGCUGGCGACGGCCGGUACUCCCGGCGGGAGGGGGGCCAGCCCGCGCCGGCGGAGAUCGCGGGCGGCGGCGGCGGCGGCAGCGGGCCGAGUCCGCAUUGCGGGACGUACGAUGCCGACUGGGAGGGGGGCCCGGAGCUGCAUGCGCUGAUGCGGGCGGUGGAGUUGAUCUCAAGCAAGCGGCGGGAGGAUAAGCCAGGGUCGCGGAGGCAGAAGAUCCGACCCGUGCUGUACGGGCUCGAGGAGUACUUUCUCCAGAAGUCGGAUGUUCCGCUCCGCGGAGCGGAGACGGUGGCGGGAGGGGCAGAUGAGGAGAGUGGGGAUGCGGCUGCGCCGCCGCCGGAGAAGUAUCAGAAGACCACGGAGACCGAGGCACAUGCGAUCCACCUCCACCACCACAAGGGGGCGGAGGAACAGGGGGCAGAUGCAGGUGGGGGUGCAGGAGGUGCAGGAGGUGUGGGGCCGCGGAUCCGCUCCCGCGAGCAGGGCGGCUAUCUCUGCAACGACCUGGAUGUGUAUCUGUCGCAUGAGCCGUGCAUCUGUUGCUGUAUGGGGUUGCUUCUCUCGCGGUUCCGGGCGGUGAUCUUCCCGCGCCGCGGCCGGAUGGUGUCCGGCGGCCUGGCGUCGGAGCCCGUGGUCAAGCCGGUGCCGGUGGAGGCUGGAUCGGACCAUCCAGUGGAGGAGGAGGAGGCUGAGGGUGGAACGGAGGAAGCAUCGACGAAGAACCGGGAGUACUACGGCCUACAUUGGCGCAAGGAGUUGAACUGGCGCGCCCUGGGGUUCGAGUUUGUCGCUGCUGGGGAGUCGGAGGGUGAUAGUGCCGAGACUGGUGUCGCUUUUCAUGCAUAGUGUGUGGGAAAGCCUAGCAUAAUAAUAUUUGUAUUAUAUCAUCAAGACGUAUACUAUAGACAGG